UUCUCAUAUCAAUACAUGACAAGACAAGAUAUUACACGAUACACUGUCAUUGAACGUUCUGUGCACCAUGAAAUUGCUGGUGUUUCUGGUGUCUCUGGUGUCGCUGAGCGCGACAGCAGCAGCGGUGGCGGCGGCUGAGCAGGGGCACAUGCCCGGCGCGCAGAGCCGCGGCCGCGUGCUGCUCGUGUUCCCCGUACCCGGCAAGAGUCAUAGUAUACUGGGAAAUUCAAUUGCCGACAUCUUGAUUGAUGAUGGCUAUGAGGUGACAUACGUGACUCCGUUCCCCGCGCAGUCCAACCGCACCGGCCUCACCGUGGCCGACAUCAGCUCCAUACUGGUAGACGACCGGGAUUCCAACCAUUUGGACAUUGCAAGUCUGAUCGAAAAUCCAAAACCUAGUCAUUGGGUGCUGACAGUGGGGCACAUAUUUGCAAAGCAGGCUCUCCACCACGCUGCGCUGCAGGAGCUGCUCAACGACGAUAAAGUCACCUUUGACCUGGUCAUCGCCGACUGGUUCUACUCGGGACUUCUCGCACCGCUAGCGGCGGUGUUCGACUGCCCCUUGGUGUGGUACUCGAGCGGGGACGUGUCUUGGCAGUCGCUACGUUACGUACACGAGACCAGCAGUCCAGCGUUGGCUGUUGACCCGCAGGCCCGGCACGCGCCCGUCGCACCACUGAACACCGGGGAUAAGCUGCGCCAGAUGCUCCUGCAACUCUACCUCACCGGGUGGACGCACUACUACACGAGUCACGUAGACGCGGUGGUGUACCGCGAGGUUUACAGCGCGCCACUGCUGCUUCGCGGCCGCCGCCCGCCGCCGUAUGAGUCUCUAGUCUAUAAUGGCUCGCUGCUGCUAGUCAACUGCCAUCCCCCGGUCGGACACAACCUGCCGCUGCCCGGGAACGUGCAGUACGUCGGCGGACACCACCUCAGCACUGCGCCGAAAGCCUUGCCAAUUGACUUGCAACGUCUACUAGACGAGUCUACGCAUGGGGUGAUAUAUUUUAACUUGGGGUCUAAUGUGAGGAGCAGGGACUUGCCGGCAGCGAUGACUCGCGAUCUGUUGGCGGUGCUUAGCCGGCUGCGGCAGACGGUGCUGUGGAAGUUUGAGGAGCGGCUGGAGAAUGUGCCCGGUAACGUGCACCUGUUGGACUGGGCACCGCAGGAGGCCAUCUUAGCGCACCCAAACAUGUUGGUGUUCAUCUCGCACGCGGGGUUGCUAUCAGUGAUGGAGGCGACGCAGCACGGCGUGCCGUUGCUCGGUCUGCCCAUCUUCGGCGACCAGUUCGUCAACAUUGACCUGGUCGUACAGCGCGGUUACGGACUCAGGGUCGACUUCUCCGACAACCUACCGGCGAGACUGCAGGAAGCGCUGCGUGAAAUACUCAAUAACCCUAGUUACCGAGAGAACGCUAAGCAGGCGUCGCAAGUGUUCCGCGAGCGGCUGGCGGGACCGCACCAGGCGCUGUCGCAUUGGGUCCGGCUAGUGACGCGCACACGCGGCGCUCCGCAUCUGCAGCCGCCUGCGCGCCACAUGUCCACUUUCGUUUGGCUGCACCUCGACAUCCUUCUCGUGUUCGCCACCAUUGGCUGGUUCUUGUCGAAGGUCGCCAAAGUCAUCAAAGUUCAUUUGAAAGAUUCACAGCCAACGGAUGAUUCGACAAAAAAGAAUGAGUGACAUUUGUUUAGGAAUUGCUAUAAAUUUAAAAAGACAACACAAGAUUUGUGUUUUCUGCUUUAAUUAAUUCUAGAAGACUUUUUUUGCGCUGCACAAAGCAUGGCGGAACCGUCACAUCGAAUCAGAAGCAAGGUUGGAAUAAAUAAUGUUUUGAUAAUAAGUAGCCAUGACAAUAUUUAAAAGGUUUAAUAAUUUAAUGACAAGUUGAAUUAUCGAUGAAUGUUUGUCUUUAAUUUUCACUAUGUCACGUCACAUUGUCACCCAGCUUGUUUUGCCUCGAAUCAAAAAUCAUCAUUAGCAGUGCUACUGUUUUAUUGUACUUUGCAACUUAAAAUGUAAUUAAAAACAGUAUUUUACUCUAAUA